AUGGACGUCCGCAAGAAAAGAUGGAUCACCCUUUGUUCCUCUGAUUGGCCAACCUUCAAUAUCCUCCCUUUAUCCAGCCCUCACGAGGUCCCCACAGGCAGAGACCUCAACGGAGACGAGGAAGACAACUACCGAGAGGCCCCUGGUUCUGCCUCCCGGCGAGGACCUCCUGAAGCCGAGCCCCGACGGCCCCCGGCUGACCCCGCUCCCUCCCCUGUGGCGGGACGACUGAGAGGGCGCAGAGAACAGCCACCCGACUCCGCGUCCCAGGCAUUCCCGCUGCGGGCGGGACCCAAUGGCCAACUUCAAUAUUGGCCCUUUUCAGCGUCUGAUCUCUAUAACUGGUGCAAUAAUAACCCCUCUUUUUCCAAAGAUCCCUCAAAACUAACAGCUUUAAUUGAGUCUAUUUUAGUAACUCAUCAACCCACUUGGGAUGAUUGUCAGCAGUUGCUCCAGGCGCUCCUGACCACAGAAGAAAAACAGCGCGUUUUUUUAGAAGCCAGAAAAAAUGUGCCUGGAGAAAAUGGUCGACCCACCCAGCUGCCCAAUGAGAUCAAGGCAGCAUUCCCCCUAGAACGUCCCAACUGGGACUUCACCACGGCUGAAGGUAGGAACCACCUACGCUUCUACCGCCAGUUGCUCAUAGCGGGUCUCCAUGGGGCAGCUAGACGUCCCACUAAUUUGGCUCAGGUUAAACAGAUAAUACAGGGGCCUGAGGAGUCGCCAUCAGCAUUCCUCGAAAGGCUAAAAGAAGCUUAUCGCAUGUACACUCCAUAUGAUCCAGAGGACCCAGGUCAGGCUACUAGCUAUAUGAGUCUAAAACAAACCGGGAUCCUAGCAAGGAUAUUUAUUGGUUAAAGGAAUUCCCACAGGCAUGGGCAGAAUCAGGGGGCAUAGGAUUAGCUAAACAGCAGGCGCCACUGGUUAUUCCAUUAAGAGCCACGGCGACCCCCAUUUCGG